GCAGGAAGUGUUUGAGGAAGUGGCGCUGGGCUGGCUGCGUGGGGACCCUAAGUUUUCAUGUCCUCUGUGGGUGUCGCUGGCGGCCCCGCGGCCCCUGGGGCAGAGUUAGCAGGGAGGGCAUCGAUAUGAGCUGGUCACCGUCCCUCCCCACCCAGACCUGUGGGGCCUGGGAAAUGAAGGAACGCCUCGGGACCGGGGGAUUUGGAAACGUCAUCCGAUGGCAUAAUCAGGCGACAGGUGAACAGAUUGCCAUCAAGCAGUGCCGACAGGAACUCAGCCCGAAGAACAGAGAUCGCUGGUGCCUAGAGAUCCAGAUCAUGAGAAGGCUGAACCAUCCCAAUGUGGUGGCUGCCCGGGAUGUCCCAGAGGGGAUGCAGAACUUGGCACCCAAUGAUUUGCCUCUACUGGCCAUGGAGUACUGCCAAGGAGGAGAUCUCCGAAGAUACUUGAACCAGUUCGAAAACUGCUGUGGCCUGCGGGAAGGAGCCAUCCUUACCCUGCUGAGUGACAUUGCCUCGGCUCUUCGAUACCUUCACGACAACAGAAUCAUCCAUCGAGAUCUCAAGCCAGAAAACAUCGUUCUGCAGCAAGGAGAGCAACGAUUAAUACACAAGAUUAUUGAUCUAGGAUAUGCCAAGGAACUGGAUCAGGGCAGUCUGUGCACUUCCUUUGUGGGGACCCUGCAAUACCUGGCUCCAGAGCUGCUGGAGCAGCAGAAGUACACCGUGACUGUGGACUACUGGAGCUUUGGCACCCUGGCCUUUGAGUGCAUUACUGGCUUCCGGCCUUUUCUGCCUAACUGGCAGCCCGUGCAGUGGCACUCCAAAGUCCGGCAGAAGAGCGAAGUGGACAUUGUUGUCAGUGAAGAUCUGAAUGGGACAGUCAAGUUCUCUAGCUCUUUACCCUUCCCCAACAAUCUUAACAGUGUCCUGGCUGAACGUCUGGAGAAGUGGCUGCAGCUCAUGCUCAUGUGGCACCCUCGACAAAGGGGCACGGACCCCCAGUACGGCCCCAAUGGCUGUUUCCAAGCCCUCGAUGACAUCUUGAACUUGAAGCUGGUUCAUAUCUUGAACAUGGUCACAGGCACCGUGCACACAUACCCUGUGACCGAGGACGAGAGUCUGCAGAGUUUAAAAACCAGAAUACAGCAAGACACGGGAAUCCUGGAGGAAGACCAGGAGCUGCUGCAGGAGGCGGGGCUGGUGCUGCUCCCUGACAAGCCUGCUACUCAGUGCAUCGCAGACAGCAAGCCGAAUGAGGGCCUCACGUCGGACAUGGACCUUGUUUUUCUCUUUGACAACAGUAAAAUCACCUAUGAGACUCAGAUCACUCCCCGACCCCAACCGGAAAGCGUCAGCUGUAUCCUUCAGGAGCCCAAGCGGAACCUCUCUUUCUUCCAGCUGAGGAAAGUGUGGGGCCAGGUCUGGCACAGCAUCCAGACACUGAAGGAAGACUGUAACCGGCUCCAGCAGGGACAGCGAGCGGCCAUGAUGAAUCUCCUUCGGAACAACAGCUGCCUUUCCAAGAUGAAGAACGCCAUGGCCUCCAUGGCGCAGCAGCUCAAGGCCAAGUUGGAUUUCUUUAAAACCAGCAUCCAGAUCGACCUGGAGAAGUACAGAGAGCAGACUGAGUUUGGGAUCACAUCAGAAAAACUGCUGCUGGCCUGGAAGGAAAUGGAACAGGCUGUGGAGCUGUGUGGGCGGGAUGACGACGUGAAGCAUCUGGUAGAGAAGAUGAUGGCCCUGCAGACUGAUAUUGUGGACUUACAGAGGAGCCCGAUGGGUCGGAAGCAGGGGGGCACUCUGGAUGACCUAGAGGAACAGGCGAGGGAGCUCUACAGAAGACUAAGGGAGAAGCCAAGAGACCAGAGGACAGACGGUGACAGUCAGGAAAUGGUCCGGCUGCUACUUCAGGCGAUCCAAAGCUUCGAGAAGAAAGUGCGAGUGAUUUACACACAGCUCAGUAAAACCGUGGUCUGUAAGCAGAAGGCACUGGAGUUGCUGCCCAAGGUCGAAGAGGUGGUGAGCCUUAUGAAUGAUGACGAGAAGACUGUAGUCCGGCUGCAGGAGAAGCGGCAGAAGGAGCUCUGGAACCUCCUGAAGAUCGCCUGUAGCAAAGUUCGAGGUCCAGUCAGUGGAAGCCCAGAUAGCAUGAAUGUGUCUCGGCUUAGUCACCCUGGUCAGCUAAUGUCCCAGCCGUCCAGUGCCUGUGACAGCUUAUCUGACUCAGCCAAGAAAAGUGAGGAGCUGGUAGCUGAAGCCCACGCCCUUUGCACCCGGCUAGAAAAUACGCUGCAGGACACCGUGAAGGAGCAAGACCACAGCUUCACGACUCUAGACUGGAGCUGGUUACAGAUGGAGGAUGAAGAAAGGGGUAGCCUGUGACUGAGGUUUCCACGGACUGGCCCCAUGGCUCUGGAUGUGAUGAUGGUCUGGUGUCUCCCGCACCCAGAUGUUUCGAAAUCGCAGUCUCUCAGCAGCUGUGAUGUUUGCCCUCAGCAGCCUACUGCUGGCCCCGUCUACACAACGGACCUCCUUUACCCCAGAAGCACAGGAAGUGCCAGUUACAGGCAUUCACAGUGGCAAACCUUCCUCGCUGCUUCCUCUGCUGUAAGAAGAAAGCUCUGAAUAGUUUGCCACACACGGCAUAUGGCAAAUGUCCAUCCUGAGUGUUUCCAGACAGCAGCCAACUUGUCCCCUUUGGACCACUGAUGGGAGGGAGACCUGCCCUGCCCAUCUGUCCUCACCUUACAGCUCGGGCUUCAUCUGGAUCCAGCCUCUCUUGGACUUGUCAUCAUAAGUUCGAUGGUCCCGACUUUCUUCUUUUCACCUCACUGCUGGUAAAUAUUCUUUCUGCUUCCUGUGCUGGUCGCUGUGGCAAAUGACCUUUGACUGAGUUGUGGUGAUGCCAAGCUCCCUGCUCUCCUGGUCCUUUAAGCCACAGAGUGAGCCACUUACAGAGCCUGGCAGAACGGAAAGGCAGCUGCCCUCUCCUGACUCCCAAAGAUCACCUGGCAUCAGUUGUCAUGGAGACGAAAGGAC